AUGUCGCGUGUGCCAUUUCUUGCUUCUCUUGAUUACAAUUUAAAUAAACGCGACAAAGAUUGGAUUUCUCAUCAGCUACCAAAGGAAAGCAUUGAAAUACCCCGUGAACAUUUACCUGAUCCGGAAACUGAAAACCUUCCAUCAAGCGUUAGUUUUCGUCAAGAAUCAACAGCCGAGUUGGAAAAACGUUGGACUGAUACAGGAAUUGACCGUAUAUUCCUGAAUCGUCCAAGACCGUCACGUAUUUGA